AUGUCGUCCAUCGCACAGGAUACAGCUUCGCAGACCCUACACUCCCUUGAGCAACGAUUGCAACGCGUGCAUUUCCUCCUGCACGGCACCUCUCCCACGCCCGACUCCGCAAAAACGCCCACCGACACUUCCACGAAUCAAUCCAUUGCAUCUAGACUACAAGCUUUGCAAUCGUCAUUCAAUUCUGUCCUCAACAACUCAAAGAGUGCCCAGCAUCUUGUCGCGCUGCAAUCACAACAUCAACAUGACGCUCCCGACAUGACUCAGGAUGCAUUGACCGCCCUCGUUCUCUCCCACGCCCCAUCAUACCAGGCUACCGCUGCCCGCCUGACUUCGCUCCAAGACUUGCCAGUCCCCGAUCCCUCAGCAUCGGCUGCUCUGAUCCAUGUAUAUCCCCGCCUACAACGUGCCGCGAACAGACAAGAAGACCAGCAAAAUACUAUUGCCCAACUGCGACGCCAAAGUCUUGCUCUACUGGCAAGAUGGUAUGAUCUAGGAAUCAUCACAAUGGACGACUGCUGGACUGAAUGGGAGGCCCGACUCAUGCACCAAGAAAAGCUCGUCAGAAGAGCAGAGGCCGACAAGAAACAAGCCGAUGAUCCUCUUUGA